CUAAUGCUUGAGCACCACGCAAAGGGCAAAAAGACCGGAGCGAGCGCUGGUCCAGCGUGCAACUCUACUCGCCCGGCCAGUGGUGCGUCGAGGGAUCAGCGCUGCUGGCCAAAGAACGAGCGACUGUCCAUGUGGCGCCAAGCGGGGCCACUGCAAUGCUACGCUCGUUGCAGCGAAUGAGAUGCCAUCUGCUCGCCAAAGAGCUUCUGGCUGACCCGGGCUCACAGAUAAGGUGUCGCAUGGCUCGCAGGGAAAGGGUCGUGCUCAGGUGGAGUAAAGAUUUAAGAAUACCGUCGCCGUGGAGCUGACCACACAGAGCGAUUUUCUUACUGCAUCCCGGCUCUUGCUGUAUACUUUUGCGACUUCCACGCACAGUCCAAUGGAGUCUGCACACAAGGAUCCCGCGCUGGACCCGGCGCGCCAGCACUCGCAUGGCCACCUGCAUCAUGGCCAACACGGGCAUCAACACGGUACAGAUGUGCCUUCAUAUACCGUCGGCACCACGAACGAGCGUCCCACGAUCCCCGACCCCAGCGCUCAAGAACACGGCAUAAGCCACGGCCCGGGAUAUGGCAGCGAGAAGAAGGGCGAUUACAAUAUCGACGUCGAACAAGGCAACACUUCACCAAUCACUCCAACGAAGUCUUUGGAAGCCUCGGAAGAGCAGCCAAGCAAGAAGCGUUCGUUCUAUCGAAAGUACAGGAUAUUCAUCCACUUGACGCUGUGGCUAUUGGCAACUGCUUGGUGGGUUGCAAGUCUGGUCCUCCAUCGCAAUGACAAGAACUGGGUAGUGCCGUUCCUCAUCUGGCUGGCACUGACCAUUCGCUUCAUCACUCUACACACCGGAACAUCCUACGUCACGAGGCCGAUGCGUUUCGUAUGGCGCAACACAUGUGGUCGCGCGACCGAAAUGAUUCCCGAGCGAUUCAGGCUCUGGCUUGGCGCUGCAGGCACCUUUGCCGUCUUGCUGGUUGGAUCGUUCGCUAGCGAGGAGUCGCGGGACAACACUCGAGAGAACCGUGCCAUUUCGUUAUUCGGAAUGCUUGUCUUGAUUGCUGGCCUGUACGCCACAUCGAGAAACCGAAAGGCGAUCAACUGGCACACUGUCAUCUCAGGCUUCCUGCUGCAAUACAUCAUUGCGCUCUUCGUGUUGCGCACUGGUGCUGGUUAUGACAUCUUCGAAUUCAUCUCCAGUCUUGCACGAUCCCUUCUGGGAUUCGCAGCAAACGGUCUGUCCUUCUUGACCAACGAGGAAUGGGUCGCAGACACCCCAUGGUUCUUGGUGACAGUUCUGCCAGCCAUCAUCUUCUUCGUGGCGCUCGUGCAGCUCAUGUACUACGUUGGCUUGAUCCAGUGGUUCGUCGGCAAAUUCGCAGUCUUCUUCUUCUGGUCCAUGAGGAUUUCCGGUGCCGAGGCAGUAGUCGCUUCCGCUACACCUUUCAUCGGACAGGGUGAAUCGGCCAUGCUGAUCAAGCCGUUCGUGCCACACUUGACUAUGUGCGAGCUGCAUCAGGUCAUGACUUCGGGUUUCGCUACGAUUGCAGGUUCCGUGCUGGUCGCCUACAUCGGUAUGGGUCUGAAUCCUCAGGCUUUGAUUUCCUCCUGCGUCAUGUCAAUUCCGGCUUCACUCGCCGCGUCCAAGAUGCGAUAUCCUGAAGAGGAAGAGUCCUUGACUGCAGGAAAGGUCGUCGUUCCAGACGACGACACCCACAAGGCUGCCAAUGCUCUCCACGCAUUCGCCAACGGCGCAUGGCUGGGUCUCAAGAUUGCUGCUAUGAUUCUGACCACUCUUCUCUGUAUCAUUGCAUUUGUUGCUUUGAUCAACGGUAUUCUCACCUGGGUCGGUCGUUACAUCAACCUGGACGGCAACUACGAUCUUACAAUCGAGCUGAUCCUCGGAUACGUCUUGUACCCAGUCGCAUUCCUGCUCGGCGUCCCACGUGGCCCUGAUCUUCUCAAGGUCGCUCGUCUGAUUGGUGUCAAGGUCGUCACUAACGAGUUCGUUGCCUUCACCCAGCUCACCAGCGCUGACUAUGAUGACCUCGCCCCUCGAUCUCGUCUGAUCGCUACCUAUGCUCUCUGUGGUUUCGGCAAUAUCGGAUCCCUGGGUACACAGAUUGGUGUCUUGUCUCAGAUCGCACCAGGCAGAGCCGGUGAUGUGUCGAGACUCGCCAUCAGCGCACUUAUCACCGGUGUACUGUCGACAUUGUCUUCGGCAUCUAUUGCUGGACUUGUCAUCCAGAACGAGGCUGGCUUCACUUCGACCACCACAGCAUAGAAAAAGUUCUUGGUGAUUGUCUAUGUAAUUAUAUGAAUGAACGACGAAGUUAUGAGAUGUGCC